AUGAGAUUAGAUAUUGCAUAAUAAUUAUAAAACUAAAAGAAUACAUCAUUUAGUGAAUCAUAAAAAAAUCAUACUGCUAUUAAAGAAUAUUUGGAAUAAGAAAUUUAAUAUCUAAAAAUUAAAAACAUUCUAAGUUAAGUUAUACAUAAUAAAAUUAACUAUUUGGAAAAAGUAAAUUCAACUACUACCAAAGAGAAUCUAGAAAAAUUAGCUUAUAAAUCAAUAUAAUAUUAAAUAGAUGGAUUAUAAAAAUUAAAAAUUUCCUUUAAAUAAACAUCAGGUAUUAUAAUUUUAUAAUUUAUAGAUUAGAAAUCACAAAAUAUUUUAAUGUUUUAUAAUAUGGAAAUUUUAAAUGAUAUGAUUUCUUCCUCAAAUCAAAAUUCAUCUUCAAAUUGUAAUGAUGAAAUUAAUUUCAAAUAUAGUAAUGCAUUUCUGACAAAUGAAUUUUCUAGUAUGUUAAUUUAAAUAAACAAUAAGAAAAAUAUUAAAAUUCUUAAAUGUAAAUAUAACCAAUUAGAUAAAUUUGAUAAAUUAGAUAUAUUAAACUUUUAAGAUAUGAUACCUAAUUAUAUUUAGAUAUCUCAUAUGAGAUUGAUUGAAAAUUUUAUUGCAGGAUAAUAAAACAAAUUUUAUUAAUAAAUUAAAGAAUCAUAUAUAUAAGUAUCAUAGUGUUUGUGUAAGAAAAUUGAUUUAUUAAUGGAUUUAAGUUAAUUAAAUUUAACUUCAAUUGAAAUGGUUGUAUUUUUCCGUAAAAAAAAAGAUAAUUCUUAUAGUAUUUUUUUAGAUGAUUAAAAAAGAAUCAUAAAUAUUGAUGAUGAACUUUUUAGUGAUGUAUUAAAUAUUGAUGGAGUUUUCUCUUAAUACUUUAUUGGUUUGGAUAUGAAUAUCAUUUUUGAGAAUAUUGAUUAGUUAAAAUAGGAUUAAAUUUAUAAUCAAUAAACCUUUCAUUUUGUAGAUCCAAAUAAAAUAAAUUCAUCUUAUUUUACUAAAUAAUAAUAAAUGAAAAUUCAAUCCUUAUGGAAUAAUUAACAAUAUUUAUUAUGUUAUCAAUGUGAUUUAUAAUUUUCUUAUAAAGGAAAUGAGUUUGGCUCUAAUUAUUAUGAACUUAUUAUUAAAAAUCCAAGACGCAGUUAUAAUAAUGGAGAUACUUAUAUUUCUUAAUUUAAAUAAUCAGAAAAUAUGAUUACUAUUACACCUAUAGAUGAAUCAAUAAUAGUUGAUAAACCAUUUUUGAUAGAUUAGAGUAUAAAUGAUGAAAAGUUAUAUAGUCAAUAGUUUAUUUAAAAAUCUGAAUUAGCAGAUUAAAAUUUGAUAUUAUCAGAUAUUUAAUAAGAUGAAUAAUUAGUUAUAAUGAAAAAUAAUGACGAAGAAUAAAAUAUUAGCUAAGAAUUAGAUGUAAAUACAGUUAAGAAAAAACAAAAAAAUUAGAAGUUAAAAACAGAAGGCGUAUCAUCUCAAUAAUCUGUUAUUUCAGCUAUGCAAAAAUCUAUAUAUUAUAGAUAAUUUUGUUUAGUUAAUGAACUUGCAAAUUCAUAAAAAGUACCUUAAAUUUUUAAGAGAAUGAUAUAUUUCAGAAUAUUUUUAAUUAUUACUUCAUUAGUUGGAUUUAGUUUGGUAAUUCUUUAUAUUAUAAAUUUAGUAUUUAUAUGAAAUAGAUCUAUUUCAUCAUUUUCAGGAGGAUUUCAAAUUAUUAAGUAUGAAAAAUAAUAUAUUUUAUCCUAUUUUAUCUUUUUAGCUGAUACGUUUGUCAAUUGUAAAUUACAAUGUUGAACUUUUUUUAAAAUUAAUUACUUAAUAGUAAUAUUUGGAAUUAUUGAUUUAUCCAAAAUCUAAAUUAAUAGGAAGUUAUGAUAAAUUAAAAGUUAGUAUCUCAGAUAUCAUAUCUGAACCUAUUUUUUUUACUCUUUAUCAUGAUUAAUAUUUAAAUCUGGAAUUUUUAUAAAGAGGAAAUGUUGGAGAGAUGAAUGAACUUGAUCUUCGUAAUAGUUUGAUUACUUUAUUAAAUUAUUAAUUUGAUACUUAAAAUGCAUAUAUUGAAAAUGGAUAAGCUGAUUAUGAAAGUUCAUACUUUUAUUAUUGUUAUAAGAAUUUGCAUACUUUAUUAAAUGCUUUUACAUAAGCAAAUGAAAUUGCCUUUGGAAAUUCAUAAUAAAAACAGGAUGAUUCUUAGUAAUAAAUAUUAGUUAUCUUUUUUGUUCUUCUUUUCUUUAUCAUUAUGAUAUAGUCAAUAAUAACAUUUUCUCAUUUACAAUUUUAAAUGUAAAAAGAAAAACUGAAACUUUUACUAUUAAAUUAAGAUUAAAAUUACAUAAAUAUAGAAAUUCAAAGAUUAACAUUACUAUAAGAAUUAAUUGAUAAGAAUUACUAUUAAAUUUAACAUUAUAAACUUAAUUUAUCAGAAAAAGAUGAGUAUUUUAGUAAAAUUAAAUCUUUAUGUACUCAACAUUCUAGAUAAUAAUUAAAAAAGAAUACAGUAGAUGCAUAAUAUUAUCAUCCAAAAGGAAUUUUACUUACAUUAACCCAUUUUGUUAUUUUAACCUUAGUCUUCAUCAUUUUUACUGUAAAAAUGUAUGGUUCAUAUUAAAAAAUUAAAUAAACUGGAUAAUUAUAUGAAAUAUUUGCUAGUUUAAAUAUGAAUAUUUUAAGUUUAUAUCAAUCAAGAGAAAUUCUCUUUUAUAAAACAGCUUUACCAUUUUUAAAUUAAACAGAUCUAAAUGAAUAUUAUAGUAUUGCAUAAUAAGGAUUAAAAGGAUUGGAAAAUUAUAUAGAUAAAUAAUGGAUAAUUUAAACUAAUAAUUAUUUCUUUGAUUCAGAUUUUUUUAAUCUUUUGAAUAGGUUUAGUGAUGGAAAUUUAUGUGAAGAGUUAUAUGUAAUUAUAAUUUUAAUUUAAAUUAGUUAAUAGAUUAAUCUAUGAAUAUUUGUAAUAAUACUCUUGGUGGUGUUUUAUAAAAAGGUAUAUCAUCUGCUUUGGUUGAUAUUAAGAAUUAGAUAAAGACUGAAUUUGAAUUAACUAAUUUUACAAAUAGAACAAAUUUCCCAAUUUUAGAAUUAGAAGGAAUUUCUAUUUUGAGUUAUGGUUUAUAAUACUUAAUUGAAAAAUUUAAUGNACUUUAUUAAAUUAUUAAUUUGAUACUUAAAAUGCAUAUAUUGAAAAUGGAUAAGCUGAUUAUGAAAGUUCAUACUUUUAUUAUUGUUAUAAGAAUUUGCAUACUUUAUUAAAUGCUUUUACAUAAGCAAAUGAAAUUGCCUUUGGAAAUUCAUAAUAAAAACAGGAUGAUUCUUAGUAAUAAAUAUUAGUUAUCUUUUUUGUUCUUCUUUUCUUUAUCAUUAUGA